AUGGCUAGGUUUUCCGAUUUGCCGGAAGAGAUACUGGUGGAAAUUUGGUCAUGGCUACCUCCGGAGUCUCUAGUACAGUUUAAAUGUGUUAAGAAAUCAUGGUAUCCUCUCAUAACUGCUCUCAUUAAGAACCCCGCAUUCGUGGCCAAGCAUCUCUGCAACAGCAAGUUUAUGACGCCGUCUUUAAUUUACAACUGCGGCAAUAGUGAGUUUAUAUCGUCAUCUUUGCUUUACAAAUACAACGAUGAGAGUAACUACCGAGUAGGACAUGCAGGGUUUCUCACUAUCUGUAACAACGGAGGCAAUGGUGAAUACCUUAGUUGUGGUAUUGAAGAUUUCAAGGCACAACUUGUUAAGCACAUUGAAAAUUUUUGCUUCGUUGGUUCUAGUUGUAAUGGCGUCGUUUGCUUAGUUGAUUAUUCACAAGGCAAUAUUCUACUAUGCAACCCAGCAAUUAGGGAAUUCAAGAUUCUCCCGGAUCCAUGCCUUUAUCAUAUGAAAUAUCGCCCAUUAAUUAGGGUUGGAUUUGGCUAUGAUCCUAUUACUAAUGCUUACAAAGUCGUUAGGGUUUUUGGAUGGAUUGAUGGGUUUACAGCUCAAGUAUAUACUUUGGGAAAUAAUUCUUGGAGAGACAUCGAUUAUUUGCAGACGAAAACUAGACAUCAAUCCAUUCGUCGGACCAUCAAAGCGGUGUAUAGCAAAGGAGUCUAUUAUUGGUUGCUCAGAGCUUCUAACUACGAAGAAAUAGUACACUCAUUUGAUAUGCAUGAUGAGAAAUUUCAUAUCAUACCACUACCAGAUAACUGCCAAGAAAGUGAAUUCAUCUCAAAUUACAAUACAAACCUUACCCAGUGGAAUGAAUCGGUCGUUUUGUUCUGCUAUCCAAAGAUCGAACGGCUUAUAACGAAACCUAUUGAAAUGUGGGUGAUGCGUGAUUCAUCUGUGGACCGCCCUUGUUGGACCAAACAUCGAUCGAUCGAUCCACUAGGAGGUAUUCACAAGACUCCGAUAGCAUUUUGGAAGAGUGAUGAGCUCCUUUUGAGAGAAGAUAAGAAACGCCUCGUCUCCUACAACCUACUCACAGGGAAGUUUAAGAGCAUUCAUGAAGAGGAUCAGAUAACAUCUUUUUAUGCUUUUCCUCAUGUGAAGAGUUUAGUUUCAGUCAACAUAUCAGAAACACUGCCGACUCAACCCCUAGGGAGUUUAGGUAAUUGCCUAAGGCCCCCAAUUUCGAUUCAGCCCCCAUUUUUUGGAUGUUGGAAAUAUAAAUAUUAA